AUGUCAACUUCUCAUAAUAUUAAUCUUGUUAACGCAGCCUUUACAGCUGUAAUGGGAACACAUAAUUUUGUAUCUGAAAAAAAAUUUCUCAAUAGACAAGCUCGUGGAGAAAUAAAUGGCACGACAUAUGAACAAGUUGACCUACAAUCAUUUCAUCAAAUCAAUCUUGUUGGUGGUAAUCUGAACGUUGCAGUUAAUAAAAGACAGAUUGACUUGCAUUCACCUCAUCAACUCGAAACUACGCACAGUAUUUCUAACUCGCGAAAUUUCGGUGGACUAAUGUUUGUUAAAAUGAUCACUGGUAAAACUAUAACACUUGAAUGUAAAGGGAGUGACACUAUUGAUACCGUUAAACAGAAAAUUCAAGACAAAGAAGGUAUUUCACCAGAUCAACAACGUUUAAUUUUUGCCGGUAUGCAAUUGGAAGAUAACAAAUCACUUUCUGACUACUGUAUUAGAAAAGAAAGCACGUUGCACAUGGUUUUAUGUCUUCGUGGCGGUUGUUCUGUAAUUUGUUAUUUAAGUGUGAGUGCUUUGAAUCCACGCUAUGAUUAUGAUUUUACAAAUAUUAAAGAUGUUGGAAAGACAUUUAUGCGAGGAUUAAUACAGUAUAAAAGACCAUGUGGAUGGAAGCGUAUCGCUUUAAAGGUUACCGGAAAAUAUGAUAAUGGUAAUAAUAAAUGGCUUGGUACCGAUAAAAAGGCAUGGCCAGUGUCGUAUCAUGGUACUGCUAAACAUAAUGCAAGAUCAAUUGCUGAAGAUGGUUACGAUUUGAGCAAAGGAAAACGUUUUGCUUAUGGACGUGGCAUUUAUUCAACACCAGACAUACACAUAGCUGAACGAUAUGCUAAGCAGUUUGUAUUUGAAGGAAAUACAUAUGUGAUGGUAUUUCAAAAUCGUGUAAAUCCUGCUAGUUUGCAAAGGUUUCCUGUUAGAAAUGGCGAGUAUUGGGUUUCUGAAAAAGGUGAAGAUGUCAGGCCAUAUGGUAUUUGUAUUAAGAGGAAGUAA